CCCCGCGCAGGCGCAGUGGCCGCUGCCCCCCCCCCCCCCCAGUCCCUCCCGCCGUCCCGCCGCGCUCAGGCGGUCCCUUUAAGGCGCGCGCGUUCGAGGGCCCCACCCAGGGGUCCCCCCCGAGGAGUACCCGCUGAGAGAGAGCCCUGCAGGAGCGGCCUGCACUGAGGAAAGGGUCCCGGCGGCCCCGCCAUGUCGUGGCGGCGGCAGUGGUGUUACCUGUGCGACCUACCCAAAAUGCCCUGGGCUGUGGUGUGGGACUUCAGCGAGGCCGUUUGCCGCGGCUGCGUCAACUUUGAAGGCGCCGACCGUAUCGAACCGUUGUUGGAAGCCGCCCGUCGCCUCCGGCACAGCCACGCCAAAAGCCAGCACCAUGAUGCCGUGCCGAUACCGCGCCUGGCCGAGGGGCUAAAUCGCCCUGGGGAAACAACAGCCGAGCGCCAUGGGCCAUCGGUGCCAGUGCCAUGCCGCCCACGCGACGUCGAGUGUUUGGCGGAGUUGAGCGAAGCCAUGCGCGGUCGCGCUGAGGACUGGCCGGGAAAGCCGCCGGCGGUGCGGGAACGCUUGGCCGCCCUCGCCGGCUGUGCUCCCUUCAACGUCCGCUUCCGUAAGGACCAUGCAUUGGUGGGACGAGUCUUCGCCUUCGACGCCGCGCCCCGGCCCGGCUUUGAGUUCGAGUUGAAGCUCUUUGCCGAAUACCCCUGCGGUUCCGGCAGCGUCUAUGCCGGCGUGCUGGGCCUGGCAAAGCAGAUGUUCCAGGAUUGCCUCCGGGCACCCGGCAAAGCCAUUUCGUCUGGCUACAAGUACCUGGAAUACGAGAAGCGGCAGGGCAGCGGAGAUUGGCGUCUGCUGGGUGAACUCUUCACCGAAGCUGUCCGCUUCUUCCGCCACCCGCCGGCUCCCGAAGCCUUGCCACAGCAGUAUCUGCUGCCUCCGCCGAUGCCACUGCCACGUCGCCGUCGCAAAGCUUCACCGGAACCAGAUGAACCGCCACUGCACCGGCAGCACCCGCCGGGUGAAACUUCACCCGGUGAACCGCCUGGCGUUCGUCGCCCGGCGGAGGAUUUGAUGUCGCCGAUGUUGUGUUGCGGUUUGUGCCGGCAACGGUUGGAGGACACCCAUUUCGUGCAGUGCCCCUCGGUGCCAGCGCAUCGGUUCUGUUUCCCCUGCGCCCGUCGUGCCAUCCGGGCACGGGGUGCCGGCGGGGAGGUGCACUGUCCCAGCGGGGGCCGAUGUCCCCUGGCUGGAUCCGGCCUCCCCUGGGCCUUCAUGCAGGGCGAGAUCGCCGCCAUUUUGGCCGGGGACGUCCGUGUCAAGAGGGAAAGGGACCCCUGAGGGACCCCCCCCCCCCCCGAUGGACCCCCAACCCCACCAAAUGACCCCGAUCCUGCUAAGGGACCUGGGACCCCCUGACGGACCCCCAACCCUACUGAGGGACCCAGGACCCCCAAAGGGACCCCCAACCCCCCCAGGGGACCCCUAACCCUGCUGAGGGACAUGGGACCCCCCCAAGGGAUCUCUGACACUGUGGAGGGUCUCCCACCUCCCCCGAGGGACCCCCAACCCUGCUGAGGGACCACUGACCCUGCUGACAGACCCAGGACCCCCCAAGGGACCCCAGACUCCCUGAAGGGACCCCAGACCCCCCCAAAGGACACUCAAUCCCUCUGAGGGACCCCCAACCCUGCUGAGGGACUCCUGACCCCACCAAGGGACCUGGGACCCCGCCAAGGGACCCCCAACUCUGUUGAGGGACCCUUGACCCCACCAAGGGACCUGGGACCCUCCCCCAGAGAACGCCUGCCCCUCCUCCCCCCCCUCCCGAGGGACCCCUGACCCCACCAAGGGACCCAGGGCCCCCCCAAGGGACACUCAGCCCCUC